GCUGUCGCUGACACCUCCAUCUAGAAGAUUCAAACGAAAUAGGGAUGCGGGAAGCUGCGAUUUCGUGACAUCAUGAUUCAUCAUCCAUCUCCUCGUGUCUCGGGUGUUUCGUAUACUAUGAGGUCUAUAUAACGGCUUCUGUAGACCGGUUACGGCUCGGUUUGGGAUCUCGUAAAUCUCUGGAUGACUGGAUUCCGAUCAACUUUGACAUAACGAACGAAGCAAGCUAGCGAACAAUGGUCUUCUCCAAGCUGAGGCGACCGGGAGGUAGACCCGACACUUACUCUGCCGGUGACAAUGGAGCCACGGCAGAUAGAACACUCUCCACGGCGCCGAUCCAAGAAGCAAAAGAGGAAGAGCUAGUUGACACGCCCAUUCCGCUCCUCACAUGGCGCUCUUUUCUCAUGGGAGUCUUCGUGUCGAUGGGAGGUUUCCUCUUCGGGUACGACACGGGUCAGAUUUCCGGGUUCUUAGAGAUGCCGAACUUCCUUCAACGAUACGGCCAACAGCGUUCCGAUGGCACGUAUUACUUUACCAAUGCCCGCUCGGGCCUCAUCGUGGCGUUGCUGUCCGUUGGCACCCUGAUCGGCGCUCUCGUUGCAGCUCCCAUCGCAGAUCGCGUGGGUCGCAAAUGGUCUAUUAGUGGAUGGUCGGCCAUGGUGUGUGUGGGCAUCACGGUUCAGAUAUCCUCUCCGUCCGGGAAGUGGUAUCAAGUGGCCAUGGGUCGUUGGGUGGCAGGCCUCGGAGUCGGGGCAUUGUCAUUGCUCGUGCCGAUGUAUCAAGCCGAAACUGGACCAAGACACAUUCGUGGCUCACUGGUCAGUACCUACCAGCUGUUCAUCACGUUGGGCAUCUUCGUCGCCAACUGCAUCAAUUUCGGGACCGAAGACAUGGACAGCACCGCCUCCUGGCGCAUUCCCAUGGGCAUCACCUACCUGUGGGCGAUCGUCCUGGGGGUGGGGAUUUCGCUGUUCCCCGAAACCGUCCGAUACGACUAUCGGCACGGCAAGGUCGAGCGAGCAACCGACACCAUCGCCAAGAUGUACGGGAUUCCCCAUAAUCACCGCAGACUGAAGGAAGAACUCGAUGAGAUCAAGCAAAAGUACGAGGAGGAACUGGCGCGUGGGAAGGUGAGCUGGGUCCAGCUCUUCAAGGGGCCGCGCAUGAAGUACCGGAUUGCAGUCGGAGUGGCUCUCCAGGCACUGCAACAACUGACCGGGGCCAAUUACUUCUUCUACUACGGGACAACCAUCUUCCAAGGCGCCGGGAUCAGUAACAGCUACGUCACACAGAUGAUCCUCGGUGGUGUGAACUUCGGGACCACGUUCUUGGGUCUGUAUCUGAUCGAGAACUAUGGCCGUCGGCGGUCGUUGAUCGCCGGUGCGCUGUGGAUGUUCGUGUGCUUCAUGAUCUUCGCCUCGGUGGGCCACUUCGAACUGGACCGGGAAGACCCGGAGAGCACGCACACCGCCGGGGUGGUCAUGGUCGUGUUCGCCUGUCUGUUCAUCCUGGGGUUCGCCUCCACGUGGGGCCCCAUGGUGUGGACGAUCAUCGCGGAGCUGUACCCGUCCGAGUACCGCGCGCGGGCCAUGUCGCUGGCCACCGCGUCCAACUGGCUCUGGAACUUCCUGCUGGCCUUCUUCACCCCCUUCAUCACGAGCGCGAUCGACUUCCGGUUCGGCUACGUCUUCGCCGGCUGUCUGUUCCUGGCCGCGGGCCUGGUGUACCUGACGGUGAUCGAGGGCCGCGGCCGCACCCUGGAGGAGAUCGACACCAUGUACGUGAUGCGCGUCCCGCCCUGGAAGAGCUCCAAGUUCCAGUUCGAGGAGCUGCAGCCCUACGAUCGCCGCGGCUCCGCGACGGAGAAAGCCGGCGCCGCCCAUAUCCCGCGUGUGGGCGAUGGCCAGCCCUCCACCUCCCAUACCACGGAGGUGUAAUCUUGUUUUCUUGGGUGGAGGGCAGUUUUUCCUAGUAGGAUAGCUGGAGUUGAAUGUACAUUAUCCGAAGCUGCUGGUUGUGGUUUUUCACCUCGCCGAGUUCUUGCAUUUUCCGUUCGAUAGUCCUAGCUGGCGUCUGAGUA